UGAAUUGUCAUGAUGUAAAAACUAGUGAGAACAAUGUUAUAAUUCCUAACAAAAUGUGAUUGUAUUUCUUUAACUAUUAAUAAAGGCUUUCAAGAAUACCAGAAGUUUGAAUACCUACAAUAGGCCUUAGGGAACAUCUGUAUCCAUGACAUUACACCAAGACGCUUGUAGAUUGAGCUUUCAAAAUGUGUUGUAAAAUGUGAUUACUGUAUAGUUACGACAGCACAUUUGUCGUGCAAAUUGCUAAUGCUUGUUGGUUGUAGCUUGGAAUCCAGUAUAAUCCAGCCCCUGAAUAUUCUUGGCAUUUUACACAUUGGCAACACACGGUUACUGUCAUCGGUUUGAUUGAUUGUUGCGAGUGCGAGAUACUUGUCAAAAAACUUGUUUCGUGUCGUGCAAUGCUAUCGGCCGUGUUGUGGUUAAACUGAUGUUCUAGCAAAUGAAGCGAAAAUGGAGGAAGAGGCCAUGUCUAUGAGUGAUGUUUUGCAUAAUAACGGUGAUAUCGAAUGGCAACCACUAGCUCUUACUUUAGUUGAGUAUCCAAAGGGAGACUGGCUUGGAAAGUUCUUCGCACUUAUUAGCCUGUCCCCAUUUGGUAUUGGUGCUGGGUUUGUUGCCCUUAUUUUGUUUCGUCGUGAUCUUCACACUAUAACAUUUUUUACUGGCACAUUGGUGAAUGAAGUGUUGAAUAUAAUACUGAAACACAUAGUAUGUGAAGCCAGGCCCUUGUCAAGGGGACAUCUAUACAAUGAAUAUGGAAUGCCAUCAUCACAUGCUCAAUUUAUAUGGUUCUUUAGUAUUUAUGUUCUAUAUUUUGUAUUAAUCAGAUUACACCAUAUAAAUAAUAAUAGUAUAAUAUCAGCAUUAUGGAGGGUGAUAAUAGUAGGCGGCUGUAUGUUCCUAGCGUUGCUAGUAAGCAUUGCUAGGGUAUACUUACAUUAUCACACUACAUCCCAAGUUGUAGUCGGUGGAAUAGUUGGAUUUAUUUUUGCAACGCUAUGGUUUGCAAUAGUUCACAGAGUUUUCACACCAUUGUUUCCACAGCUAGUAUCAUUAAAACUAUGUGAAAUGUUGAUGAUAAGAGAUACAACGCUCAUACCCAAUGUACUGUGGUUCGAGUACACGACGUCGCGGCAGGAGGCGCGAGCGCGCGGCCGCAAGAUGGCAGCUCUGAAGCCGACGCAAUGACGGUGCGCGUGCGCGCGCGGCUCGGGCGCCGCAGUGCGGCCGCGCGCGUGACGCCUGGCGGCCGCCGCGGCGCUCGCGCUGCUCGGUGGCGUGCUCCUCACUAAAUCUGAUCCUGCUCGCUCCCUCCUCCCCUAACUAU